CUGUCAGUGGUGACUGACGCCUCUCUACGCCUCCCAGGUUUUUGCACUGCUUUAGAGCGCCCCCGCGAGGCCGCUUCACUCUCCCAACAUGUUCCAGCGCCUCACCAGCAUGUUCUUCCGCAACCCCCCGCCCCCUGAGGACCUCGACUGCCCCCGAGCCUUCGUCUCGGAGGAGGAUGAAGUGGACGGCUGGCUUAUCAUUGACCUGCCGGGUGAGAGCGCCAAGGUGAUGCAACGGCAGAACCGCGCCCGCGAGAGCCAUCCGCGUCGGCCCAAGCACCAGGGCAACUUUAUUUACCAGCCGUGCCAGCGCCAGUUCAACUACUGAGCGUCCGCCGGCCCAACCACAAACCCUCUGCCGACCCCCGACCGCUAUCGGGCCCCUCCGCGGCAGCCAGUGUGUUGCCCCAGGGGCGUCCGCAGCCCACCUCGGGCUGAUUACACAACCUCCCUCAAGUGUGUGAGGUGGGGUGAUAGCCCCCUUUAAAGUCCCCUUGAUUUUCCCAUCUCUGAUUCUCUAAUCCACCUCUGGACCUCUACCCUCUUUCUUCUGGCCCCCUGCCCAACAUCUAUCUAAUCCUUCAUCUCCCAGACUGACUCCAUCCUUCCUUUUCUGGUCCCCAUCCUUGCCUCUGCCCUGACAUUCCCCUUUAUCUUUGCCCUCCAUUCCUCUACCUCUGGCCCACCCCUAUUUCUCAGAGUCUCCUUUUCCAGUCCCACAUCUAGCCGUUUCCUUACCUUCGAUUCCCACUUUACAAGCCUUGCCCUAUCUCAUGUUUGGCACUACACUCGCUCCUGCUUCCUUAUUUUCCAUUCCCAAUAAUGCCCUCCCAAAGGGUGGGUGGAGGAGGGAGGUUGAGACUAAAGGUUUCUAUGUUUAGUCUCACCCUUCCCUCUCACCCUGGGGGCUGGGCUCCUUGUAGUGGCUUAGGCCUGGAAAGGUAAAGUAUGUAGACGAGGACUGUGAGAUGUGAAUUAAAGGGAGAAGGGGGAGGGAACUGAAGGGAAGAGGCAGCCUACUGGAAGUGUGGACAGGACAGGAUGAGAAGCUGUAGGAAGUAGGGCACCAUGGGAGCUGGUACUGUGUGCUUGCUCAGAGAUUGGCCUAACCCUGCUCGCGGGCUGGAGUCUGGAGUCUGCCCCCUGCUUCCCUUUCCUAUAAUCUCACCUCCCAGAUCUCUUCCUGAAAUCCACCCCUCUGCAGGCCCAAGUCUGAAAGGCUUAGUUAAACCUCCCCCCAACAUGUCACCCCGGGAGCAGAGGCUGGGCAAAGCCCUGCCAUCCGGGCCAUCUGUUCACAUGUCCAAGGUGCUAGAACUAGCUUAGGAGAGAUGCAGGCCAGAGGGCUUCUAGGCGGGGAGACUGCACACCCCAGUGUAAGAAUGCAGAAGAAUGAUGCUGAGAAGGACAAGCUGUGGGGUGAAGCCAUCCCAAGACUGACAGCUCAGCUUUCAUCUUGCCUCUGGCUUUGUAUUUCACACCCUGCCCAGGAUGGCUAAUAAACACUCCAGGGUAGGAGGCCAGGAGCUUCACUGUCCUAAUCCCCAAAGUCCCGCUCCAGGUUCUGGGCCAUAAGGGCCAUGCUCCCUUUUCUUCCCGAGUGCUCUCUUCCUUUCUAGGCUGCUGGGGAGAAAUGGGUGCCCUAUGGUUCCCCUCCCCUUCUCUUCCUAUAAAUACCUGGAGGAGGGAACCUGAAUCCCUGGGUGAAACAGAGGGAACAGGGGUGACCAACUUCCCCUUCUCAUGGUGGGACUGAAUUUUGGGUUCAGACACCAGCAAUAGCCUCUUGGGAUGCCCCAAGUUGCUUCCCUUUUUUUCUUUCUGUCCUUUACUAGUAUGUGCUCUUUCUUCCUUGAAACUUAAGAUUUCCUGUUAGAAACUAACAUAGGUCUUCCUCCCUCACUCUAAUUCCAGGUUUCUAGGUCUCACAGUUAAGUGGAGGCUUGGAGAUAACUCUGCAUUCCCAUGAGGGCAAAGGCAGCUGCCCUUCCUGACCCUGUAGCCCCAAGCUUCAUGUGGGAUGUAUGGGUAAGGGAGAGGGUAGCCCCAUGGAUACUGGGAUGGUGACAGAGGAAGCCCUAUUGGGGUCUCCUGUCUAAGGGAGUAAGCCAAAUCUACACUAAGAACAGAUCAAAGUCCCCACGCCAGUCCGCUAGGGCCCCAGUAGUUGGCAACCUUGUUCCUGGCCCCAAGCUUCUCCGUCUAGUCACAUUUUUCUUCCAGCUACCCCUCGGUCACUUCACAGCCAGCGUAGGGUCUUCAGCACUUCCAAGAGCUGAAAUUCCCUCCAACUCCUCUUGUCUACUCCUUUGCUGGGGCCUAGGCUCAGUCCAGGGUAGUUCUCAUGAUCCUUCUUGUGGGGGAAGAGUGAAUAAUAGGGCAUUAGGUUCAAAUUUCAAAAGGCCCCUCCCUCACCCAUAUUUCUGGAGCUCCUGUAGUUCUAGAACCUUCCAAUCUCAUCACCUGGCUGAUUGCAAGGCUCAUAGGUUUUUGUACUUUCCUAUAGAUUCUGUAGUAUUUGAGUGUGGCAAUAUUUUAAUUGUUUAUAGAUUUCUAAGAACCAACAUUACUCAGUCUCCUGCUAGUCUAACUCCUGAAGCAUCAUACUGUAUUGACUGUGUAUGUGCCUUUCACCUUGAGCAUGCUUCAGGAUUUUUUUUAAACCACAGAACUUGAAUAUAUGAGGGAACCGGAAUUCACUAAGUCCUAUGCAACCUUAGACAGGUGAGGGGUUAGAGAGUCUGUCUUGACUGAUAUUUUCAGAGAACCCUGGAGAAGUUUGUUCCAGUUUAUAUUAAUUCAUGUCAAUACUACCAGCACUUUGCCAAAACUGAGUUUGUCAGAGGGACCCGUUUCUAGAGUGAGUCCCCAUUACAUCAGAGGGUGACUUACAGUGAUUCCCCAUAUGUCUGAGUGCUCUCUUCAAGCUGGGUGUCACUUUCCAGCCUUUGCCAGUCUGGCCCCAGCAGGGUAUCACUUGUGUAUGAAUGCAAUUUGCUGCUGUUUUGAAGUAUGCCUGCUCCCAACUCCUGCCGGUAUCCUGAUCAAUUUGCUCUGACCCUUAAUAUCUUAGGUGCAAUAAGGACCCCACCAGAGCUCUUGGAGGCCUCCUCAGAUCCAUGUGGCUUUAUGUGGGGACCGAAUGCAGACACACUAUACCCCCUACAUUUCCCCACUUGUCCUGCCACCUAGUUCCAAAUGGAACCAAGUAGAGUGCAUCCCUCUUGGGUGUUUUGUGUUGAGACUGGCUGGAACGAGGAGACUCUGGUUGACCAUGUUGUGACAUUUCAACAGACUCAAGGACACAACCACCUCAACAUGGUCCUGUGGCAUGCCUGUGUAUGUGUGUAACCGAAUUUUGAUUGUUAGAUUGUAAUGUUAUUCCUCUAUGGGAGAGAGAAAUAUAAAGAAAAACAAAAUAAAAAUCUAUUUAAAGCACA